AUGGCUUACGGCGGUGAUGUGGCGGCAACUUCGGCUAGUCUACCACUGCCGCUCGGUGGAAAUUCUCUCAGGCAAUACAAUGCCAUGUUUUCAUCGACUCCUUCUACUCACCUCACGACUUUCUCACCUCCUCAUGUAAAGAAGACCCAGUUAUUCUACAAGCCCGAAUUUUCUCUAAGACCCUCGAAAAAGCUUCAGUAUUUGGUACCCAUUUUUGCCAGUGCUGAUGAGGGGUCCGGAGUAGCUACUGCUGUUACAGUGGAGGAUGAGAAACCUUUUGAAAGUCCUAUGAGUGCUGGGGAGAAUCUAGAUGAAGCGCACAGCAGUUCUAGUUUGCAUGCUGCAGCUGGACCUCGUCUGGCAGAAGAAUGUGCUACAUUAGAUGGUUGCCGAACAGGCAUGGCAAAAGUUACUAAUGCGUAUGACCUUCCUGCAAGUGCACAGUUGACCAAAGCAUACCAAACGGCCAAUGUUCUCUUUGAGGUUUUGAGAGCAGUCAAUCAGACUCCAGCAGUGGAAGUUGAUCGCGAGGGUGCUCUGGAAGAGUUAAUGACAGAUUUGGCUAGAGCAAAGAAAGGAAAGCCCCCAAGAGUCCAAAGAGAGGAUUGA